CGCAUGCAAUUUGGUUGGUUGCGUUUCUUAGAGCUUUUUUCAUAAAAGGUUUCCAUGAUUCAAAUCCAAAUGUCAAAAAAUGAUUUGUAAGUGGAAACCACCAACGUCACAGAAACUUUUGACUUUGAGUAUACAAACAAUAUUUCAUUCAUUUCCUCAAAACUGUUACUUUCGUAAUAAUAUGUAUAGCUUGCUACAGGUGAGUACCACUGUGUGUUAAUUAAUACAUAAUUAAAUCAAUAAUCAAUACCACGUCUAUUAACACGGAUUUCCAUUUCCGUCCAGUGUCAAAUUAUCGCAACAUAUGUCAAUAAAUCGUGAUAUACAUUUGUUAAAUAACAAAGACCCUCGUUACGGCAAAAUGAAGAUUCAGUUAAUUAAGCAGGCUGCGUAUACCAUGGACUCCAGCCUGGUUGGCGCGGAGGUAAUUACUGCAUAAAGUCAAAUCGAUACAGCACCAGACGCAGGCUGAGCGGCCCACGUGACCCAGGGUAGGGGCGAACAUCAUAAACUUCCGCUCAAAGACCGCGUUGAUUAGAACGGAGGUGGAGCUGCUUGAGAGUGGCACACGGACAGAUGACGUCCAACAGCACGCCACCCUUCGCCGUCACAGACGAUGUGUGGGCUGACUAUCACAACAGCUCGUACGAGCGCGGCUUUGUUCACAGUGCAGGCUUCGGAAUCUUCAUCUGCUUGUGGAACUUUCUUGUGAACUCCUUUCUCAUUAUCCUGCUCAUCUGUCGACGUCAGGCCCACAACCGGUACAUCUAUGCCCAAGUAAUUAACCUGGCGGCAUCCGACCUCGCCUACAGCAUGCUAGUGGAUACAGUGACAGUAUACUAUGAUCUGGAGCCGUGGAAACUUGGUCAACACGUGUGUAAAGCGUGGAUGAUCCUGGAUGCCAUUUUACCUUUUGUGUCCCUGAUAAUCAUUAUAACACUAAACCUGGACCGGCUUAUAUUUGCUCUCCGACCACCGUUGUACUACAAGCUAUUCUGUAAAUGGCUCUCACGAAGUCUGGUCAUCUUGGUGCCGUGGGUAGUAAGCAGCGGCAUCUUGUCGCCCAUGUGGCUGCUGUCGUCUGUUCAGGAGCCCCAUCCCGAGUUUUGCAUCUAUGGUAUAACAGGUGAGGCGAUGUUGGCGUCAUCAUUGAUAUCUCUGUACAUUCCAGCUAUUAACAUCAUGGUGCUGACAGUCCUUGUGUUGGUCACAGUCAUUGGAGGGUUUCCAGACGAACUCGGAGAGCUAACCAGCGUAAUAUUUAACGGACAGCGAUUGGACAAGAAGACCAUCAAACGAGGUCAUAGAUCUAUUGUGACGUCAUUGUGCCUGGUCAACUUCUGCACCUUGGCAAUGCAGCUCCCAUUUGGCGCCAUAUCGAUGUUACAGCCCAAUUGCGUGGACGCGACGUGUGAAUCAACGGUCAAGAUGAUGCAGGCGCUUAGUUGGCUUCGGUCAGCAUGCCCGGGUAUCCGACCUCUAUUCUGGAUCCUUGUUCCUGAGAUCAGACAGGCCUGCUGUGGGUGCUGCAACCGCAGUGAAGAUGACCUCGACGUUGUGACCGAGCAGACUGACCAUAUAGAAAUGGCGUCGGCGAACACUGGCCAAGAACAGCUCCUUAAUAGCUCCCAAUGCAGGAAUGAGAAUGGCGUCCAUGAAAAGGGAUGACUAGGAUUUGUUGCGAUUCAGCUUCAAGGUGCGACGCUGUGAGGGUCGGUGUUCUGUGACGGAAGUCCCCGUUGUCACACAACUGAAUUCUCCCAGAAAUCUAAACCAACAUCAGACACGGAUGUUAUUCAGUGAUGCGUGUAGGAUCUCGGGAGCCGUGGAGCAGGUUUUUCCUUCGUGCUGUGUUUGACGAAACACCUGUGUAGUCGAAGAAAAGAUAACGGGAAACACGAAACAUCUGCAGCAGAAACGGCGUCUUAAUCCAAUCACCAAGACGAACUCAUGUUUCAGCAGUGACCACAAAGAGACCUUGACACAGCUAGUGUAUCCAACAUCAAGGAAAGACCUGAAUAGUGAGAGUGGGGGUCUACCUGCAUCAGACGUCACAACAAAUAAAAGACUAACACAUGAAAAUAAAAAAACAACGUUUUCUUUCAUCUUAACCAUCGACUGGGGGAUGAGUGAGAUUGGAUGGUACGCCACUGUGGAUAGUUUUAUGAUUGUCAAGUCAUGUCAGCUUCGGGUGAAAAAAUCCAAGAUGACGCUGGAAGUCGAAAUCCAAGAGCAAGGGCAUGGUGCAUUCGUGGCCACUCGUGUCCUUCCGGAAAUAGCCGAAAGUUGACUCAUGCCCCACUCGUGGCCAUAUGAUUAUCUCUUUUCCGUCCUGGCAAAAAAAACAAAGUCAAGUUUCCAUACCACGUCCGUGCUUUGUACGUUAACAUGGAUGUUUGCUUGAUAUAACACGGCUACCAUUAAAAACUACUUAGUGACAGAUAAGAGGACUCUUCUUGGAGGUUAUGGACCACAUUCAGGUCUUGGGUUCGAACCCAUAUAUCAGCGGAUCCUGGUACGCUUUAGGGACAACAGUCCGUAUCUCCCCAUGUCGUCAGUUAGUGAACGAGUCACACACGCUAGUAUUUGAUACUCCAAGGAAUGUAUAGUGGCCAAUGGAGAAUCUCACCCGAGUGUCUUUUGUUAUCAAAUGUAUGAAAGGCUUGCUGAGGUGUUGUUUUUAUCUGUUAUUGGCGAGUGUUGGUACAUUUGAUAUUCGAAGACACAAGAGUGAGGUUCUGUUUAUCAUUUUUCAGUUUGUUUCUGUUUGUAAUUAAGAAACAAACGACGAGUGCAGUUGUUUAUUGUACUAUAAAACGCUGCAGGGGGGAUAACCCCCCGAGUUUAUUCUCAAUGCAGGGUUUUAUUGUACGAUAAACAACGACCGCGGGUCGUUUAUUUCUUAUAUGAGCGAUUGUCAUUACGUACCACCUCCUUAAGGAUGUUUGUAAAAAGUACACGCUUUAAACUUAUUUACCCGCAUUUAAAAAAUGAUGACUCCCUGAAUAGAAUCCGACUGCGGUAACGUCGGACAAGUCCAUUUAUGAACAGGGGGGAUACAUUUGGUCUCUCCCGCAAAUUCUCACAAGUGUCACGUCGAGUAUCUGUACCCUUUCUCCCACUACCGAUUGUCAUAUCUUUCCCACUUUUGGGUGCGAUCGUUCGGCCACUGCGCUGCCCAGCCACAUCUAUGGGGAACAACACACGAGACACUUAACUCUCAAAAAUAGCGUCGUCUAAUUUGCGACGUCAUCAAGUUGCGAGCGCAUGUUCGCAUGUCCAGAAAUGACGUAGUGAUACAACAGUGUUUUAUCGUAAAAUAAACCACGCUUUGUUCUUCAUUGUUCUUUGCGAUUUAAAUACAGUAAUAACCAAUGUCUCGAGUGGAAAGAGUACAGUUUCAGUGACAGAUAUUAAUAUGUAAUUUGAUGGUGAUGUCAUGGUAAACGAUGACGUCACAAUGUUCUACAAAGCAUUGUGAUGCAGCAUCAUUGUAGUGAUAUCGCUAAGGAGAUAUCUUACCCAAGCCACAUCGCAUGUGGAAGCUAGUUCAGGAUGAUAAAGCACCUAGGCAACAAAAUGUACAAUCAACAAACCUAUUGCCGACAUACUUCUUAAGCCCCAUUAUAUGAGCGUGUCUGUGGUCGGUAACAUCCUACACAUCCCUGUAACGUCCUUCCCAGAUCCUGAUUAGGGGACUGUGUGCUUGAAGGAGUACUUCGAACAAAGCGAUUAGCAGGAUGCAGUCAUUACAGCUUUCAUUGUGGUACUGUAAACCUAGGUAUUCGUACAAUAGGAUACAAUCUGUAAUUAUUUAAUUUCGAAAAUAUAAUUGAUUGGUGUCGAAUUCAUAGUAUACGAUGUUCCCACUGUUGAGGUAAACACUCUUUAGUUCUUGUGAUGGUAACUGUGUCACAAGCACUAACAACCGAUUUCCAUGUCAAUUCUGAAAACAAACCCCUCUUAACAAACCGACCAUAACACUACGACACUGUCGUAACACCCACACUUUAGCCUAGCUUGUCGUAAGAGGCGACUUACGGGUUUGGGUGGUCAGGCUCGCUGACUUGGUUGAUGCAUGUCAUCGUAUCCCAAUUGCGUGGAUCGAGGCUCAUGAUGUCAAUCACUGGAUU